GUAUUUAGAACUGAAAAAAAAUUUUUUUGAAAAGAAUUGUAAAAUGUCCGGGCUUGCCAAUGUUCGGUUGGCAUCUGAAGAUGGAAAUGAUGAUUUGUACGGAGGUUUUAACGACUAUAACCCUAUUUUUGACACUAAAAACCUGGGAGAGGACGAAGGGUUUGUGCAAGCUGUAAAAACCAGCCAUGGGAGAAGACCCCCGAUGACUGCUUUGCGUGGGGCUGGGGGUUUUGCUAAACCCCCUAUGGGUACGGCAGCUGGUUUAAGAGCGAAUCUAGCUUCUUCUGUAGGAAGAGUGCCAAGUGAUUCCGAUAUCGGGGCACGUCCAAUGACCUCGGUCAGUGGGGCUGGGUUUUCGUCUGCCCCAAAACGUGGGGUUUUUGGAGGGAGUGCGUUUGACCCAUUAAACCAAGCUACGAGGGGGAUCGCAGGGGUUGCGCAACCUCUUGAUGGAUUGGAAGAGGAAACAGCGGAAAUGAAGAUCAAAGCCAUGGAGAGAGCAAUAGGGGAGCUAAUAGAAGAAAGUGCGAUUGCUAAUAAUAAAGGUGACUUCUUGACUGCAAAGCAAAAAGCUAUAGAUGCCGGGAAAAAAGAGCGACAGUUGGUUCGGCAUAGAGAACAAGCUGGGUUAAGUGAAGGAAUAAGUUUAGAGCUGACUUUUUCAGUUCUGUUUAAUCUUGCUUGUCAAUAUGAAGCAAAUGAGAUGUACCCUGAAGCAAUUAACACGUACAAUGUUAUUGUUAAAAAUAAAAUGUUCAGCAAUUCUGGGAGAAUUAAAGUUAACAUUGGGAACAUUUAUUUCAAGCAGGGACAGCUGGCGAAGGCUAUCAAGUAUUACAGGAUGGCCUUGGAUCAAGUGCAAACGAGUCAUAAAGAAACCAGGAUUCGAAUAAUGCAGAAUAUUGGUGCAGUGUUCGUGAAGAUGGGCCAAUAUAAUGAUGCUGUUACAUCAUAUGAGCAUAUUAUGAGCGAAAAACCCGACUUUCAAAGCGGUUUGAACUUGAUUUUAUGUUACUUUGCUUUGGGGGAUAAGGAUAAGAUGAGCAAAGCUUUCUUGAAGCUGCUGUCAGUUAACCUGGGCAUCGAAGAUGAGGACAAAUACACUGUGAGUACGGAUAACGCACAGGAGAGUGUGUUUCUGGAUGCGAUUCGAAACGACUCAUUACGACAACUGGAAAGAAGCCGAAAACUGAUCGCGGAGAGAUGUAUUUUGGCAGCUGCGAAAAUCAUAGCUCCUUCCAUUGAGAGUUCGUUCUCCGAAGGAUUUGAUUGGUGCGUGGAACAAGUAAAAGCGUCCCCUUACCACGAUCUGGCCAAUGAUCUUGAAAUCCAUAAAGCGCUUAUGUACCUCAAAGAAAGGGACUUUAACCAGGCUGUGAGUAUUCUGAAGACAUUUGAGAAAAAAGACACACAUGUUAAAUCACAGGCUGCAACAAAUUUGUCGUUCAUUUAUUUCCUACAAGGAAACGCCGAAAACGCAAAGCGAUAUGCUGAUGCUGCUGUUAAAGCUGACAGGUUUAACGCAACUUCCCUCACAAACAAAGCAAACUGCUUAUACAGGGAAGGGGACGCAGAAGGAGCUGUUACUUUGUAUAAAGAAGCAUUGGAAAACGAUUCCUCGUGCCAUGAAGCUCUGUAUAAUCUAGGGCUGGUGAACAAAUCACUCGGCAGACUUGAUGAUUCUCUUGAUAGCUUUAUGAAGUUACAUAACAUUGUGAGAAACAGCGCACAGGUUAUGUUCCAAAUCGCCUCCUUAUAUGAAAUGAUGGAAGAUGGGACGCAAGCGAUGGAAUGGCUCAUGCAGUGUGUGGGAAUUGUGCCAACAGAUGCGAGUGUAAUGUCGCGAAUGGCUGAUAUUUGUGAGAAUGAAGACAAUGGAGAUCGCACACAAGCGUUCGCCUAUCGAAUGGACUCCUACCGUCUCUUUCCUGCUGAUAUAGAUACAGUAGAAUGGCUUGGCGGGUAUUAUGUGGAAUCUCAGUUCUCUGAAAAAGCGAUAAAGUAUUUUGAAAGAGCUGCUGUGAUACAACCAAAUGAGGUGAAAUGGCAAUUAAUGGUAGCCAGUUGUUAUAGAAGAAGUGGAAACUAUCAAGGUGCUUUCGAAAAAUACAAACAAAUUCAUGGAAAAUUUCCCGACAACAUUGAAUGUUUGAAAUAUCUCAACAGAUUGUGUUCAGACCUGGGAUUAAACAAAGAACUACAGGAGUUCGCAAACAAAUUGAGAAAAGCUGAAAAGAAUCACGAAGCAAAAGCCCAGCGUGCUGAAAGCGCUUCAAAACGUGGGAAAAGUCUCAAAGCACCUGACAGCGCAGAUAGUUCAGGUGGCAGCCGUGGCAACAGUGCCUCCGGUGGCGGCUCUGCCCGUCAACGCCGUGUCAUCUCCGAAAUAAAUAUCCAAGAAAACGGUCGAAAAAAUAUUGAUGCUUCGUAUAGUGAUCCAUUAGGGCCCGCCGUGGAGCGUCCGAAAACUGCAGCAAGGUCUCGGACGGACAACAACGAUGAUUUUGACGACGUAGAAAUUGACGACAAUCUUUUACCCGAUUAAAAUUUCACAAAAAAUGAUAAAUUAAAAAAGUUCCGAUUUUUAAUUUAAGAAAUAUCAUUUUUUUUAACUUCUGAAAUUAAUAGGGACGAUUUUGACAGAAAAAUGACGACAAUCUUUUUCCGAUUAAAACUUUCACAAAAUUGAUAUUUCUUUAAAAAAAUCCGAUUUUAAGUUAAAAAAAUGUCAGUUUUCUAAACUGCUGGAUUUUGGUGUCGGAUAACCUGUGACGGCUGUGAGCCCCUUCAAAUAUUCCAGUAUAUAUGUACCAUAGCAAAUGCCUAAACCUCUUAUACGUGCUUGUCUAAUUUAUUUGAACCUGUCAGUAGUUAUAUAUUUUUGUAUGUACGUUCACUGUAUGUCAUGUUUAGUUACUUUUAUCGCGGUUGUGUUGUGACAUAUAUUUUUGUAUGUAC